AUGCAGGAAGGAUGUUGCGAGGCGGUGCCUCCUCCUGAAGGCAGCGAGGAGCAGCGACGAUUUGAACUGAAGCGCUGGUACGCCGUGGCGCUUUGGUCUUGGGAUAUUCAAGUGGAAACGUGUGCCAUUUGUCGUAAUCAUGUAAUGGAUCUUUGUAUUGAAUGCCAGGCCAAUCCAAGUCUCUCCGCAACAGAGUGCAACGUUUCGUGGGGAGCAUGUAACCAUGCUUUCCACACCCAUUGCAUAUCUCGUUGGUUAAAAACACGAAAUGUCUGUCCCUUGGAUAACAAGGAAUGGUCAUACCAGAAACUAGGUGCAUAG